AUGGCCUCUCUUGUCAGCACCUUGACCGCCUCUGGAGGCACAGAAUCCGCAGGCUUCCUCAACGACAUUAUCGCUCAGCUAUGGCCCAACAUCAAUGUCGCCGGCGGCAGAAUGAUCAAGGAGAUAGUCGAGCCCAUGCUCGAAGCCAUGCUUCCUGGUCCUCUCUCCUCACUACACUUCGUGAAGCUUGAUUUUGGGCCUACCCCGAUCCAUCUCUCUCACGUCGACGUUCACAAGACCGAGCUCCAAGGCAUCAAGCUUGAUAUGGACUUGGACUGGGACGGCAAGUGCGAUUUUGAGCUUGAAGGCGGCAUGGUGCCCAAAAUUGGAAUCGAGCAUGUCAAGUUGAGGGGAAGACUGUCAGUCCUGCUCUGUCCCUUGACCAACGUCAUCCCCUUGAUUGGGGCUGCCCAGGUCGCUUUCAUCAACCCGCCGACUCUUGAACUCGACUUCACUGACGCCGCCAACAUCGCCGACUUUUCCAUCAUCGACAAGGCCGUUCGCAAGGUCAUUCUCAACAUCAUUUCUUCCAUGGCGGUCCUGCCCAACCGCUUUCUCGUCAAGCUCGACUCUUCCAACGACUACUUCAAGACCUUCCAGCACCACCUCGGUGUUAUCCGCCUCACGAUUGGCGCCGCUACCGGGAUUACGGGCCCAAAGAAGAGCGGGGCCAAGCGACUCCUCCAGAAGCUCGUUAAGGAUGUGCCCGACUGCUAUUGCGAUGUAACCGUUGGUGCGGAAGAGGAGUGGCGCACUUCCACUCAAAAGAACAGCCACGAUCCCGAGUGGAACGAGACACACGACUUUCUCGUCACGGAUUACGACCAGCGCAUUACUGUUGACGUUAAUGACGACGAUCUCGGUGGUGACGACGAUAUUGGCAUCGCUACCACGACUGUCAAGCAGCUUCUUCUGGCCGGCGGCUCCCAGGAACUCAGUCUUGUCCACAAGGGUCAGCCUACCGAGGGCAAGCUGACGCUGCGUGCCAAAUUCUUCAACUUUGUUGGUGAAACCGACAGCAUUUCGGCCGAGAGUCAAGAGGAGGGACAAAUCUGCGGACUCGCCACUGUACUCAUCGCCGGCGUCACCGGACUGACUGGCCAACGCGACGAGCUCAACCCCAGCGUCAAGGUUACAUGGGGCGACAAGGAGUUUGUCACUCCUGCAAAGACUUAUAGCCCAGGCACGGACAUUUUCAACCCUGCCUUUGACUCAGCCUUCCGAUUUCCCAUCACGGCCGACGUGCUUGCUAACCCCCCGAACUUUAAGCUUACGCUGAUGAAUGGAAAGGAUGAGGCUGGAAGCUACGAAGUUCCGUACGCAACUGUGGCUGAGGCUCCCGAAAUGGGCCUCGAGCAGGAGUUCGACGUUGGAGCCGGUGCGGCGGUCAGGGCUCGGGUCGCCGUUCGCGGAUUGCGGCUUGCUGAGUGA